GCUCGAGAGAAUCGUUUUCUACCUCGACGAUAAUCGUCCUAUCAAAUCGAAAUCGAAAGCGCCGCAGCAAUACAAUUCGCCGUCCGAAUCACAAUUUUUCACUUUUAUUCAUCGAAUAAAAGGAAAAAAAACUCGAUAAUUUCAAUCGUCAAACCUUUCCCCCUUUUUAACAUAACAACGUAAAACGAACGUCCUAUUAUCGUUUCAUUUGACAAUCUAAGCAAUCUCCCUUUAAUAUUGCCCCUUUUGUUAACGCAACUCGAUCUCGCGUGGAGGAAACAAAUGGAAGAAAAACGAAAGAGCGAAAGCAUUCGGGCGCAUAGGCGAAUUUCGGUGUCGCGUGACAGCGGCUUAAGGCGCUAAAAUAGAGUCCGUAGACGACGAGUGUGGUCGACACGUCGGUGCCAGAACGCGGCUACGCAUUUAGUCUUUAACUGGAAGCAUCCGCGGGCGGAGCAACAGCCUUCGACUCUAAGCGAGAACGCAUCGAGUUUUCCUCUCGACCGGCCAUCCUCGAACGGCCAUUCUCAACGACGUUUCGUCGAUUCGUCGUAGGCCGAUUCGAAUCGGAUCAUGUGAAGAAAGAGAUUCCGUUCGGGAGUAUGCAACAAGUGCAUCGAGGCAGAGAGAGAUAGAGAGAGACAGAGAUAUCGCUAUCAUCGUCGUCGAUCGUGCUUGUUCGCAGAUCUCCCGCUUUAAAUUAUCUUUGCAAUCGGCCACGAUUGUCGACGUCAUUCACGGAACUAUCGUUCGGAUACGAUAAAAGGAUGCCCCGUGUCGAUCAGCUCGUACAAAGUCCGUGAGUUUUAUCAUCUCUCUCGUUGAAACAAAAAGCCUCCGAUCUCCUCGAAUCGAAAGAAAAUCUUCGCCGAUUUCUAUCGUGUUUAAAACGUGCGAGGAACGAAAGACGAGAUAUAUUUGACGGGAGAUGUUUUUGGUUGGAUGUUUUCCAGUUUGAUGCGUCGGAUCGGGCCGACGGAUCGGAUCGAAAAGAAUUCGGAGAGAGGGGACGGUCGCGGGUAUAGCGAGGAGAGAAUCCAGGCGGGGAGGACGAAGGCGGGGGAGGUGAGGGAGAAUUUGGGCCGCGCGUGGAAUGGAAAUGAAAAGGGAGGAGCCUCGACCGGAUGAACUCGAGGAAAAUCCGUUUCUCUGGAUCGUAUGCAAAACGGGGGCCCCCCGUGUAAUAAUAACGAGCUUUCACGCUGUCGUACGAUACUUCGCCGAACAGAUGCCGAAGAAAAUGAGCCUGGGCUUCCUUCGAACGCUUGCCGCCCUCCUGGUAAUCGUGAUGCCCCGAUCCCUCACUUACGUUCUCCUGUAUCCGAUUUUCAGAUUAGUGUUCGGCAAUUUGUACCCGGCCUACGCCUCUUACAAAGCGGUUAGGACGAAGAAUGUGAAGGAAUACGUGAAAUGGAUGAUGUACUGGAUCGUGUUCGCGCUGUUCACUUGCGCGGAGACCUUCACCGACGUCUUCUUCAGCUUUUGGUUUCCAUUUUACUACGAGAUCAAGACUAUCCUGGUGAUCUGGCUACUGAGCCCGGCCACCAAAGGCUCGAGCAUCCUUUACAGACGUUUCGUUCAUCCGGCGUUGAUCCAACGCGAGGCCGAGAUCGACGAAGCUUUAGCCCGCGCGACGGAGCAGGGUUACACGGCGGUGUUGCACCUAGGGUCCAAAGGUGUCAAUUACGCCACCACGGUUCUCAUGCAAACAGCUAUAAAGGGCGGUGGAGGCUUGGUUCAGCAUUUGAAGAAGAGCUACAGCCUGAGCGACCUGACCGGCGAGAAAGAGGACGAGAAUAGAAACACGCCGCACAUGCACGACGAGACGGACAUGGAAGUGGAACCUCGUCGAAGAGAGCACGUAGGGAGAAGAGGGUACAGUCCUCGUCGGACGCAGUCGAGCAGUAAUCGCGUGGAGAUGUACUUUUCCGAGGUGGACGUGGACGUUAGACAACCGCGGUCCAGGGAGCCGACAACCAGCUUAACCAACAUAAGGUCCUCGGACGACAUAUCAAGCGGAUACAGCAGCGGGGAAGCGCUACAAUCCAGCCGCACGUCCCAAGGCGACUCGUUGGUUCGAACAUCGAGCGUCGGCGCAAGAACACGGGCAAAACCUCGCUCCGCGACCAAGAAGACCCCAGAGGACUCGGGAGAGGAUUCCGACAGCAUCGAUCCUCCCUUCUCCAAAAAUAUCUCAUUUCCGCCACCUCUAAAUCUCGUCACUCCCGAACAAGCACUCGAGAUCUUGCUUCUGCUCUCGCAAAACCGUAAUGUCGCUGAUUAUAUCGAUUUCGAUCGUGGCCCCGUUGUCCCAGGUAACGACGAUUUACUUAAACACACCAGUCAAUCAGGCCCGGAACCAGUGACAAAACAAUCACUAGAAACCGUCGAUAACCCAUUGGAUUCCGUACAUAUAGCCGCACAGCUUCCAACAAUUCCAGCCGUCGAGGCGAGAACCGUUCCCGAACGUUCUCUAAGAGAAGCGAACACCGACUCGUCGCGUAUCCGUCGCGAUGAACCUUCCAAAAGAUCAACCAACGAAGAGGAGAACGACGACGCGAUCCAUCCCCCAAUAACGGAUCAACUCUGUCAAAACAAGUUCGAUGAGCUCAAACAACUCUUGAGCGACGCCCGCAAAGCUGUCAACAAUAUAGUUCACACCCAAGAAAAGUUGCGUCUGAGCGGCGCGUCCAUCGAGACGUUGGCUGAUAAAAUCGAAGAAACGAGCGGGGAACACGAAGUCGCCGAGGAAACAAAGAUGGCCGCCGAGGACGCGGCAAUGGAGAACGAGGCCUCCUUGGACGUUUGGACGACACCGAGCGUGUCGCGCAGCAAUUCGGCCAGUCUCGGCCGAGCUGGAAGGUACAACAAGAGGCCUGCGCCCAAUGUGCCUCUCGCGAGGAGCGAGGAGGGAGAGGAUGGCGGAGGCGCGUUGAGAGCCACGUUGGUAAUCAAAACGUUGAGGGGCAAAGACGCGUUUACCGGCGACGGCUCGGAUGCGAGGUCGAAGGGGAAGAGGUCGAAGAGGCAGAGGACCAGGGAGGGUUUCACCAAAUUGCUCGCCAUCCCGAGGAACGUGUUUCAGAACGCUUUUCACAGGGCUAAAUCGAGCAGCGCCGAGCCGCGGGAAAUGAUAAUCGAACUUGCGCCGAAAUCGGAGGGCGUUCGAUGUACGAACGAGAGCGAGAACGACACGUCCAACAGUUCUGACGGCUCAUACGUACUCGCGCCAACCGAUGAUAAAUGGUGUAAAAUGGAGAGCGUCGAAACGGAUGAAGAGGGGAUAGAAGAGAGCGUCGAGUCGGGAAUAAUAAGGGAGGAGGAGACGUCGAAAAUUGGGAAGAGAUUGGAGUCGGAUAUUUUUUAAAAAGCGUAGAAUAAAAUUUCCAUUUUAUUAUUGCGUAUAAUAUAAUAUAUUAUAAGAUUUAUAAGAGUUAUUUACACGGGUCUUUUUGACUGGUUCUCGUUGACGAGUUAAACCUAACCUAAUCCUUCCUCAUCCCCCCCACCACCUGCUAGAUACUUUAAACGUACUGGAAAUCUGGAGAGAAGAAACGGAUUAAUUCGUUCGUUCAUAUCAUAACAAGCUUCGCUACUCUCCCUCGCAGCAAGAAGACAAGUAAGAAGAAAGUGGCAUGAAAUUUGGAAACUGUUGCUGAUCGCAUCAAGGAAUAAGAUCAACCGUUUUCUUUCCGUUCAUACCAUUUAUUUGAACGCAUUGGCUAUGCAGCGUUAAGAAACGAUCAGCAGCAGCAAAAGAAGAAGAAGAAGAAGAAAAUGAAAAAAAACCAUCUGAACCAAUCGAAAGCACGAAAAUGCAUAAAAGAAUCGCGACAUUGUGCCCCCAGCGCAUUGAUGUUACAAUAUCGUUUGUACAUACACAAUAUAGUUUCUCAUAAUUUCAAUUUCAAUUUUGAAAACGAGAUAUAAUAUACGGAGCACCUAGUUAAGUAGACAUACAGAGAAACACGUAUUUUAUCGAUCGAUCGAUAAAAAUUCCAUUAACGCAACAAUAAUUAACAAUAGUAGAUUAAAAAAAAAGAGAGAAACAAUUUGUUUUUGUGACGGAUGUGUAACACCGUUGCUCACGGUCAUCUCAAAGAUUCUCAGAUACUCGUAUUAUUCUUUUUUCUUUUUUUAUUGCGUAUCCCAAGACUCAUGCGUAACGUUGUUUAUAUGAGUAGUAUUAUUAAUAGUAGUUCAAUCAAGUUUUAUAUAUAUAUAUAUAUAUUAUAUGUUUUCAAAGAGGAAAAUCUGGUGCUUUUUGCACUCCAUCUUUGCUUAUGAUCAUGCAUAAAAUAGAUUUAUUAACGAAUUAAUCGCAAUAUAAUCGAGAUUCGAAAUCGCCUGGAAUCCCAUUUCUAAGCUUUUCUAAACCAUAGUUCUGAUAUUUUGUAAAACGAAUCGAUCGUAGUGAGAGAAAUAUAAAAAAAAAAAAAAAAAAGGAAAAAAAAAAAAGAGGAUAAAAGUUCCGACGUACACGCGCGAAGAAUGAAGCGUGUGACAAUUCCAUAUAUUAUAACACGAGAAAGGAUUAAAUGAAUUCUAGUCAUCAAGCAAAACGUACUCAGGCAACUCUCGAAUAGUGCCAUUUAAAAAACAUUCAAUAAUUUGUCUGUAUAUGAUACUAUAUAUAAAUAUAGUAAAUGGUGUGCGGUGAAUAACUUUGCUAAAAAUAAAAUGUAUAAAAUGAAUCAUCGUACUUUUUCACAAAAAAAAAAAAAAAGAAAAAAAAGAAAAAGAGAGAGAGAGAGAUAGAAAGAAAGAAAGAAAAAAAUUAGAAUUCAAAAAAAACGCUGCAUAUGUUUAUAAACUCUAAUAAUAACUGUAGAUAAUUUAUAAGAUCCUGUUAACGACCAGCGACUGUAAUUCUAUAAUUAUGAAAACAUUACUUAAGACGUAAGACAUGUACUAUUCGCUUUUGUGUACGUUCGUUCAAACAGAGUUUUCAACUGUUAACUCCAUACACUUCCUUUAUAAUCUAAUCUAUUGCUUAGAAAAAGAUCUCGAGGAAUAGUAAUAAUAAUAAAGAUAUGGAAUUGAAUCGGAGAAUUUUAAUUUCAAAUUAUACGCAUUGUACAUUUUUAUGUAUAGUGAACCAUCAUUUCUCCUUUGAAAUGAGAUAAGAAAGAAAUUUUUUCCUUCUUUUUCCCGUUAACGACGAAUAUUCUGACGAUUUAUUAAUUGAAAACAUCAUUGAAAAAUUAAUUUUUCCAAAACGAAAGAAGAUUAACACUAAGAAAUGCGAAAUUUACUUUUUACUUGUGAAUUUACUUAAUCGAAAUGUAUUUUACCCUUGCCUUGUAAUCGUAUCUAUUUAUGACUCUUCUGCGCGCACGGUACCGAACAGAAAAUUGACGCACAAAUGUAAUGCGACUGUUUCAAGCGAAAAUUGCACGUAAAUUGCAGACGUUAUCGAAUUCAUGGAUACGUAAUUUAUCUAUGCUGUUCCUUAACGGUUCCCUUGUGCGAACGUCGAGCAAUGAGUUGUGUCAAGGAAUGCGAAUCAAAAAAACGCAGGGCGUAAUAUUAUGGAUUAAAUUCAUUGUACAAAUGUAAUUGUUGAUUUGAUUUGGCGUAAAGAUUCUUUACGAUGGAAGUCUCGAAACAAAAUGCGGCUAAUGCGAUAAAUUUUCUUCGUUCUUUUCCUUUUCUCUGUUUUAAAUUUCAAAAAUCAGAGAGAAAAAACUUAAAAAGCUUUUAAUUAAAUUUGAAAAUUUUUUAAAUAUUAAAAAAUGCAUCUUUCUUGACGUCGUCGAUAUUUGCAUUCGCUGCAUUUUCUUCUUUUUCUUUUCGAGUAAAUUUCGAAAUUUAUCGAGCAAGUUAAUCGUAAUUUACGAUGUAAUUCUUAGCUAUAUUCGAUAUUUUGGCUGCGAUUAUUAUGCGUUUGCAAGAGUAGACGAGAACACGCUCAAUCUUAGGAAUUUUUGCUCGUACUUGAUGGAAGAGAAUUAGUCGCGAAUUGUUACAUUAAUCUCCAUGUUGUUCGAGCUUUCUUCUGUAUAAUUAAUUGAUAAGCCUUUUUGGUGCAUCGAUCAUCGUGCAUCGCGACAUUAUAUGGUGCUGCAAACUUUUUAUGUUAUUUUGUAAUUAUGCAUCUUGGCAUCGCGAGGAAAAAAAUGUGAUUUGAAUAUAUUGAAAAAGGAUAUACUUCGGAAAUAUUGCGAAGGAUGAUGGAUAGAUUGGUUAACAGUAUUUUGGUUUAAGUAUGUCUGUAGUCAAUAAAGUGAGAUUAAAACAUUA